AUGGACUUUUGGAACUGUGCACCCAGUGCCCAUUGGAACGACCUUUCGUCAGAGAUUUUGAACACAGUAUUGGCGAAGGCGUCUACCAUAGGUAGUCGUGAUUUACCACCAAUCACCCCAAGCCGAGAGCUUGGUUCCGAAAUGGGGCGGGACAGAGUCCGCAGAAAGCGAUUCCGUGCUGGUAUCCUGUUGCUGCAAGGAUCUUUGAACAAUGGCUGUCAAAUGGCCCGUGUCGGUCGCGAUGCCUCCACUGGAGCACUCCCCUUCCAAUAUAAGAUUUGUACCGAUAGUGACUCUGCUGCGGCUAUGUGGUGA